GAAAGUCAACUUUAUACAUGCGAAUAGCGUUCAUAAGCAACGAUGGUGUCCCACCAGUGAAUGGAUUUUGGGAGAGACCAGACCGAAGGGGGAGGCGCUCAUCGACGAUGGUCAUAUUCAAUAACAACACUGACAGCAGUGUUGUCUUAUUCCUUCGCAAAAUAUUCUCAUUUGCUAUUGACUGCAUGAAGAACGGUUCAAGGAGGGCGGCCAGUGAGAUUGAUUUACAAUUCUUCGAGUCUAUUGUUUGGACACAACUUUUGUUUCUUGAAUAUCAAACUAUUGAAAUUAAAUGAUGCCUUACAACACGGUAUUUUUCAUCCUCGUCUUCGUCUUUGCUAGUUUUGCAUGCCUUCGUGUGAAAAUGGUCUCUUCUCUUUGCUCCGACGGAUACGACCUUAAUUACACGCUACCAUUAUUCGAGCAAUGUAAUGUAAAGAUGAUGAAUGGCCGUGAAGUACAGACGAUUCCGAAGCUUCUUCCUAGUUCAGCCACUAAGAAUUGCCAUGAAAGGCAACAUGCUGAUAUACUACAGGGCCGCCGAACAUGCCGUGUGCCAGACUGUUUGAAAAAGCCUUGUAAGCAUGGUUGGUGUGAGGAGAUUUUCAUCGGAUUCACCUGUCAUUGUCAGCCUGGGUACUCGGGAGAUUAUUGUGAAAAAAGAAAUGGCACAACAGGAGGAAAUUACACCGACGGCAUGCAAGGCAUGGGUGUGAAAUCUAUUUAUGAGACUACUCGGAUUCUCGAACAACAGGAUGUCACAACAACUGAAAUAAUGUCUACAACAGAUAUGCCAACAACUACAUCUUCCUUUGGACAAGAGAAAGAUUCGUUCUCUGAUUUAGAUUAUUUAUACUCCAGUGGAGACUAUUGGUACGACAGAGAUGAUCCAGGCGGCCUUGAAAUGUUCAUAUCGUGUUGGAAUGUAACCAAGAAAAAAGCCGACCGCAUGUGUGCAAAUGAAUACCGUGACGAUAUGAGGCCCUUCUUUCCUACUAGUGAAAGAAUGUUGCAAACCAUUGUCGAUGCAUUGCCCGAAACCUGCGCCAUGGGGGAUAGUGAUAGAGAUUACAUCUGGUUGUGGCUUCAUUGUCAGUAUCCUAACCACGAUCUUGUUAAUGGGACCACUUACACAAUUCUUGAAAUGAUGAAGAUGAUUACGAAUUGGGACUGUUUUGCCGAUGUUGGAAACGUCGAUCCGAGCCUGCUGGAGAUGUGUUACUCGAUGUUUAGUAACAACAUAGUGACGAUUUCUAACAUCGAAGAAAGAUGUCUCCAGAUGAAAAUGUCUCACGUAGAUGGACACUUCAGGUACCAGUUCAGAGGAGCGAACUGUGAGAACGACUCCGCUUAUGCAGUUUGCUUAAAAGUCGACCAGUAAGCUGUAUUGAAAGCAUUGAUAAUCGAUAAGGGGAUUGUGAGAGUUUGAAAAUCUAAUAAAUUUGGACUUUGUGAAUAUAGGAUAUGUAUAUAUAUAUAUUGUAUUCCCUCAAUAUAAGUUGAGAUUAUAUUCUUUUUCUAUUAACUUUACAAUAUACGUUGAGUUAUAUAUUGUGUUUUAGGAAUUUUGUAGUGUAAUUUGUGAUUAUAUUAGUGUUCCAGUAAUAUUAUCAUAUACGUUGAGUUAUAUUCUGUGUUCUAAUCUUGCAAUAUAUAGGUUGAAACUAUAUUCUGUGUUCUAGCAAUUAGGCAAUGUAAGUUGAGAUUAUUUUGUAUUCUAAGAAAUCGUAUAAGUUGAGAUUAUAUUCGUGUUCUAGCAAUAUUGCAGUAUAUAGGUUGAGAUUAUUCGUGUUCUAGCAAUGUUGCAAUGUAAGUUGAUAUAUUCGUGUUCUAGUAAUCUUGCAGUAUAAAUUGAGAUUAUAUUCCAUGUUCUAGCAAUCUUGCAGUGUAAGAUGAGAUUAUAUUCUGUGUUUUAGAAAUCUGCAGUAUAAUUGGUAAAAUAUACAACCUCAUUAUCAAAUUGCUACUUUUUAAAUUUCAUUCCCUGAUUUUUCACUUUUUAUUAAAUUAUUGAAAUUCUAUGUGCGAAAA